AAUAAACUUUUUUUUUGCAGAACUGACCAUGGUGAGAACACGUAAUUUAUAGCUAGUGCCGGAUUGUUUGAUUUUCCCGUAAACGCUCGCAAUCGCAGGUUUUCUCGGUCGGAAACUGCGAGCGAUAAAAUCGAAGCAGAUCUUGGGCCAGUCUAAGUCAAUGGAUUAGCUGCAGAAUUGCUGUUAGUUCUCUGGAAUGGGCCUCACGAAGCAAUAUCUCCGGUACGCGAGUGCUGGUGUCCUGAACUUCCUCUUAGCAUCUCCGCGCUCCAACAUUGCCGUCAUUCAGGCUCCCACGGAAGGCAAAGGCCGCAGUGCGCGCUCCUAUUGGAUAUGCUUUGCAUGUGCAGAGCGCAUAUUUGUCUGGGAUCUGCGCAAAAACGAAAAGGCGUUGGAAUUCUCUUCGGUCGCACACGAAGUGACUGUUCUGACUUUUCUAGCAAAUGAAAAGUUGUUGGCAGCAGGUUAUAGUGACGGCUCGGUGGCCGUGUAUAAUUUGUUAACGGAACAGUUGUUAUUCACGCAAAAAGGACAUCGUUCCUCUGUUACAUGUAUGGCAUUUCUCGUGGAUGGAUCCCUCUUGGCAUCGGCUUCACUGGAUACGGAAGUUGCCUUGUGGGACGUUGUCGGGCAAACAGUAAUCUGCAAUUUGAAGGGCCAUAAAUCUCUGAUAACGGACUGCCAUUUCAUGGUCAGACACCCUUAUCUCGUUACCAGUUCGAAAGAUGCUUUAGUGAAAAUCUGGGAUUACCAAACGUACCGCUGCUGCGCCACAUUGGUGGGCCACCGAGCGGAGAUCUGCCGGUUCGUUUUGUUGAAUGAUGAUAAGCGCAUUAUAACCGGUUCAAAUGAUGCUGAAAUUCGGAUUUUCGACCUGGAAUUCAAAGGCGAAGGCAACGAUGGACGUUUCGUUGAGACCACUGAAGACAUAAUAGCUAGUGCAAUCGAAAACGAAAAUGCAACCAGUCCUGUCAGGUGGAUUUUACGAGGCUCUGUCAUUCGGCAGGCCAAGGAAAGAAUCACGAAGAUGGUUGCCGAUCCAACGGGGUCGGUCGUGGUUUUUCAUGGUAAUGAUCCAUGGCUGGAAGGUGUACGGUUAUACAGCGAUCCACAAGUCAGCGAAACACUGGAAAAAAGAACUAAAAAGAAAAGAAAGAAGCUUAAAAAACUAGCAAACGAUGAAAGCAGUGUGGUUAACGCAGAAAUACAGGAUGAAGAACCCACCCCUACGGAGAUUUUUGAGGCGCAGGUGGUGAAGCUUCCUCCUGUGAGAUGCAGCGGCAAGAUUGCAUCUGUUGCAUUUCUGAAGAAACCAGUCGGAGAAGCGCCAGCGGUUUUGGUUAAUUUGGCCGAUUCCCUUGCAACAUAUUCCAUGGAUAUAUCGUCCAAUACCUUCAAUCAAACCAGCUUAGUUCCGCUGCCGGCACAUCGUUUUGAUAUGCGCACAUGUGCCGUUGCGUCCGAUGGGGAAGUGAUUGUAACAGCAUCUUCGGAUUCGUUACGUGUGUGGAACAGGGAAGCAGAACAAUGUGUCCAUACUUUGCCUUGUGAUUACGCUGUAUCGUCUGCCGUGAUUCCCGGCGAUCGCUACUGUGUGGUGGGAACUAAGAGCGGGAAAUUGGAGUUGUUUGAUUUUGUGGAAGGCAGUAUGCACGAAUCUGUACAAGCGCAUGCAAGUGCUGUCUGGGCUGUGUGCAUACUUCACGAGUCGAAGAAAGGCGUGAUAUCGGGAAGUGAAGAUAAAGAAAUAAAGUUUUGGGAUUUGAGCUUUGGAGAAAACAUUUCCGAGCGGAAAAUGGCAUUAGUAUGCAGAAAAUCUUUACAAAUGGAGGAAUCCGUUUUAUCUCUGCGAUUGAGUCCAGAUCAACGGUUGCUGGCUAUUGCGCUGACGGAUAGCACCGUGAAAAUUGUUUUUGCUAACACACAGAAGUUUUUUCUUAGCCUUUACGGCCAUGCGCUUCCUGUUCUUUGUUUGGACAUUUCAUCCGAUAGCCAGUUGAUCGUUACGGGAUCUCAGGAUAAAAGUGUUAAAAUAUGGGGGCUCGAUUUUGGGGAUUGCCAUAAAUCGUUGUUUGCGCACGAUGAAGACGUGACGAGCGUGGUAUUUAUUCCACGCACACAUCUUUUUUUCUCCGCUGGCCGUGAUGGGAAAAUUAAGCAAUGGGAUGCCGACAAAUUUGAAAGGAUCACCACACUGAUUGGUCACCAUAGCGCCGUAUGGUCUUUAGCGUUGACAGGAAACGGCAAUUUGUUGGUCUCCACUUCUCAUGACCACUCUAUUAGAGUAUGGGAGAAGACGCAAGAGAUUUUGGUCCUUGAAGAAGAAAGAGAAAUGGAACGAGAAAAAGAGCAGGAUGAGGAGGACGAGAAACAGGAAACCGGUGAAGUUGCGAUUCCUGGAGAAUCUAACAAAGAUAUUGGAAUUGCUGGAAGGAAGUCCCUUUCUGCUUUAUUAGCAGCAGAAAAACUUAGUGAAGCGCUGACUAUAGUGAAGGAAGAAGCAGAAAAAGCGGAUGCUGGUAUCAAGGAUCAACCUAAUGCAAUUCUUGUUGCGUUUGGAAAUAUUUCACCUGGGAAAUACGUCUUGGAAGUUCUUAAAAAAGUGAAACCUGGGGAUUUGCAAGGAUGCUUGAUCGCACUUCCGCUAAAUGACGCCGUGAGUCUGGUGCAAGUUUUAGAGAAGCUGUUGGCGGAGAAUCCGCAGAUGGAGUUGAUUAUGAAGUGUUUGACUUAUCUUUUAAGAAUUAAUGCCUUGCAAGUGGAAUCGAAUAAGCUACUUUUGCCUGAGCUGGACGAACUUCGCAGUCGAGGUCAAGAGCACAUCAGGAAUUUUAGGAACCUGGUGGGAUUUAACCGAUCCGCCUUGGAAAUGCUUCAGCAGCAAAUUGAAGCCAGAGAAGAAGUUAGACUGUUCGACGACGCUACAAAGCAGUUUGCAGAGAAAAGAAAAAACAAAAAAGCAGAGCAAUUCUUGCAAUGAGUGGAUCUUAAUUAACCAGAAGUGAGAGAAAAAUUGUUUUUUACUUUACGAUUAUGGAAAUUAUUGGACAUUUAACUUACGGGACGGGACAUUCGAUAAAAAUAAAAGGGUCUGUGGUGAGAUUCGAGAACGAUGUCUUAUGUGAUAACUUCUCGUACCAUGGUGCUGAUAGCAUAAAGGUAAAAUAAGUUUAAAA